UAAUAACAUUUAAUAAAACAUUAGCAAAAUCAAAGACAUACAUAUAAGCAUUAAUACAAUAGUAAAUACUCUAUGUUUAGCAAACUAGCAUGAAUCUACCCAAGUGAUACAUGAAUAUUUUGUGUAGAAAUGGUACAAUCAAUAUACUUAUCCAUCAAAGGCAAAGAAGCAGAAGAUGCUUCCCUCUUGAAGGAAGAUCCAAAGUGGCAGAUGACCAUAUGUUUCCCAGUAAAAUCCCCUAAUGCCCCACCCAUUUGGCUUAGUGUCUGCCUACUCUCCUCACAUUAAGUGGAAAAACAGGUUCUUUAACCACACCUACUGUGGCUGUGUUUGAAACUAAGCUUUAGACCGUGGGGGCAGGGAAAUGUAUACUAAAUGGGAUAUAAUGGAUGUAAAAACACAAUUUAAAUAUCCAUUACAGGAUACUAAAUUUAUGGGGACAGAACGUUAAUCCAGGGAUUUAUUCUCAUUGCAAUAUUAAAGUCAGGAAGGAAUUUUUCCUUUGUCGUGGGGCAAUUGGCACCAGCCUCAUGUUUUUUUUUUUUUUUUUUGCCUUUCUCUGGAUCAACGCAGUGGUGUUUUAGGUUGAACUCCAUGGACUCUUCUUUAUUUCAACCUUAAAAGCUAUGUUACUGUGAACAUCUUGUUUUUACCUUUUUGCCUUCCCUCUCUUGGGAGGCUGGUAAGAAUACUGAUAUUCAGUAAUGGUGUCUAGCUCUGCUCACUAACACUAUGAUUCUAGCAAAGGAGCGUAAGCACAUUUAUCGAUCAAAGAAAUCAUAUUUUAUAAAUGUCUUGUCCUUAACACUAAGAACCAUUGACAUUACAGCCUUCAACUUCUGAAAGCAGUGGCAUUGGAUUCAUUUAUUUUUUAAACUUCAUUGUCAGAGGUGUUUUCUUUUCACAGUGCAAGAAACUAUGGGGGAUAUUUAUUAAGGCAUGUGCGCCUGCAAGCAUAGCACAAGUGGCUAAUAUAGACAGAGAAACUGACACAUUUAUGUAACUUUCCAUCUGUGUAUUCUUUUUUUCUUUGAGCGGUAGAGGGUGUUUAGUAGGAAAAGUGGGUGUGGUUUCACUUAUGUACGUCUUUACGCUGGAUUUAUCAUAUGCGCAUAAUUGAGCAAAUAACACUCCACCCCAGACCACCUGUACAUAACUGCACAAUGUUUACUUUAAAGUAAACAAACACAUUAAUGAAAAUCUGCAACUUCAGGUAUAACUUUACCAUUCAUUAAAAUUAUUUUCACCCAUUACUCCUGGUAAAGUGUAGCAUGCAAGUUGGGUUCAGUUUUGGGUUUCAAACAGCAACAUGAUGUUGCACUAUAAUAUUUUAGAAGGUACAUCACUCAAAGUAAAUUCUGGACAGCUGGACAAUAUAAAUUGCAUAGAAUACAUGCACUAAAACACUGCAUAGUAUAUCUCCCUCAAGAUCUUCUAAUAUAUUCAGCUUUAAGCUACGCUCACAAAGUUGAUAUCGCAGUUACAUCCAGCAUAGAAAUCAACUAAAUAUGCAUAUGCAUGUAAACGAGCUGGUGUUUAUGAACAGUCCUUCAGAAGCAAAGGUGAACAUGAGCUACAUAAGUAGCAUGUUCUUCUGUAUUCAAAAUCUUAACUGCAGUAUCAAUUAGGUCUUCUCUUUCCUCCUAAGAAGUGUGAAGACAACCUCAGUAGUUGAUCAGACGUGCUCACUGCUUAGGAUUUAUUUUUUAUUUUUUUAAAGGGCACGAUUCUGUAGAGUCAGGAAAGUUUUCUGAGAUAUCUGGCCAGUCAGAUUUCUAGGCACCUGUGUGCCAAAAUUUUUAUGUAAGUAUCUUGUCUUUGCAUGAUGGUACAACUAUGCAUCUGUAUUAAUUAAAGCCUGAAUUGGUCACAUAGGGAGAAAUGUAUACCUUUUUUCUGUUCAGUUUGUGUGCCUUGGUGCAAGCUUAAAAAUAUUACAGCACCACCAAGAUCAGAUGGUGUCACAUAUCAUGGGCUGGAUGUGUGGCACACAAUGAUAAAGCACUCCCUCUUCUUAAGUAUUUCCAUCUUCAUAAGGAUACUUCAGUCUGCUUGGUUUCAUGCGUUCCGCUUCCCAUUUCAUGAGUACCUGUUGCAGAAUAACCUUUAGCGAGGUUUUAUCAAGAAUAUAUUUGCAUCAAAAAGUUUGACAUUUUAAAAGUCAUUCCCCAAUUCCAAGAGCUCUUAAAGGAGCUUGUGAAAAACCUGAUUCAGGCUUCAAUGCUACAGCCCAGUUUUAGACUUGAAUACCAAACGCAGACAGGCUAGUAUAGCAUUAUCGCCAAACGUUCAUUGACUAAAGUAUUGUUGUCCAUGUUUCUCCUUGGUUAAGCCCAGCCCAUGUAUGGAGCUCUCCAUCAUGUGGUCAUAAAACCAGUACCUAUAUCUUGACAGUCUUCAAAAUCCUCUUCUCCAGAAACCAUUUUCAAUUUCUCCCAUAGCCUGUCAUGCUUCUCUGUUCUGUCUUCAGCUAGAUGAAUGCUGUGGGGCACUACAGGAAUAAUUUUGCCAGUUUCAUGGACAAAUGGUGGCUGCCAGUGUUCGACCCACAAGGUAUACAAUUGAACCAAAGUUUCCUAACACUAGUCUGUUCACGUUAUAAAGACUAUGCAGGCAUGGACUAAUUUCUUCAAGAAUUUGAAUCAACUGUACAAAACCUGCUCCAUCCUAAACCCACAAAACCUCAACCUACAGCAUAGAUACAGCAUCACACAUGACAAGCCAAGGCACCGCCUCCAUGUCGUAGACGCCUUCCCGCCUAAUUCCAGUCACAAUAGCCCCUCCUCCCACUUCAGCUGCGGCGGCCAUGUUUCCCUGUCCUUUAAACGACGAGAGUCUAAGUGCAAGGUCACACCAGUCAUGUAGCUGACACCUCGAGCAUAACGAGUAAAACACGCAAGCAUGAGAUCCGUAGUUCAAUCACCUCCCGUAAAACACGCCAAUAAAGCAUACUCAGUCGCCGUCCCUAUAAGAGCGUGAUGUGAUCCCGGGCACAUCCUGCGCCGCCACAAGCCCCGUCCUGUCCGUAACUCCCCACACUACCGCCUGACUAAAGCCUUGAGCAGGAACGAGCCUUAACCACGCCCCGCCGCGCGCACACUUGGCUCAGCCAACCCCCUCCAUUCCGGGGGUCUUACGACUGUCACGUGUCCUGCUGGGCGUGGCCAAGUCCCGAUGACGUCGCCGCUGGCUUACUCCUAAGUUUUUCUUCACAUUUCGUUAACGCACGUUGUCCUGAUAUGACGACGCUUUUGGGUUGAGCAGGGCGGGAGAACAUCGUCCCAUGGCCGGUUUUCACUGAAGUACCCGGAAGAUCUGUGUCAUCUUUUUCUGCGUUCACGUCUGCCCUGUACAGCAGGCUCGCUUCUUCUAACGGACGCGCGUUCAUGAGCGGUUGGGCGGCAACUACCAAGGUUUGCGCACUGCGGAAGGGGCGGGGAAGUGCGCCGGAAACCGAGCCGUGAGAGUGUUAGUGUGAGUUAGGGUUUAUGAGUGUGGGAUGAGGCAUGCUUCGUAAAGGCUAGGUGGACGUGGACUCAGGAUCCCUUAUUGGUCUGUGACAACGGUGUUUAGAGUGAGGUGGGUGAUUGGUUUUCCCAGACAUAAUAGAACAGUUUUUUGUUUUUUUGCUAUUACCUAAAACUGCUGUUAAACAGUCAGAGGAAAGAAGGUUUUUAACUGCAAGAAUGGCAAGAUUCAAUUAAAUGGAUAGCAUAGAAAUGUAAAUAUUACAAGAGGUGAUUUAUUGCUUAUGGCUGGGCUCACGUUGUUUAGCAUAUGAUCAAUAUGUUGGUGGGAAGUCUGACAUCUGACGUAAAGUGGUGUCCUGUAGUAUAAAAACAUAAUGUUAUGAAUGGAAUAGUGGGAAGGUCAGCACUAUUUCAUCCAGCGAACUUCAGCGCAUACGUCUUCAGUGCAUACUCAUCCGUCAGAUACCAAGAAAGUCUACUGGCGGAUGUUAGUGACGCCACUGUAAGAAAACACUGAAGAUAUCGCUGUGAAAUGGGUUGGGAACGUGAUGUGAUGCACAAGCAAUAAGUAUCAACGAGGGUCCUUUACAUAUGAUCAGAGAAACCAGCGAUUGACGCAUUUUUUGUAUUUCUGCCAUUUUGUCAGGAAGAGCUGAAAUCAUGGCCUUUACAAACUACAGUAGUCUAAACCGUGCUCAGUUGACUUUCGAGUAUCUCCACACUAACUCGUUGUGUAUACAAAUUUAGAAGUGUAUGGGAGCCAUCAUGGAGAUGGGCUUGCAGUGUAUGGGAGCCAUCAUGGAGACUAGGCUCCACCUAGUAGCUAAGAGACAACUGAACAUUGGUGAUAAAGCCUGCAGAGAAGAAAUCUAGGGGAAAAUGCCAUGUACAAGUAGUCUUUAAUUGUCAGCACAGUCUUCUCUCUUAAGACCACACAUGAGUUCCUGUUUGGAGCUUUGGCUGAAUUAGUUGAUAAUGCAAGAGAUGCUGAUGCUACAAAAAUUGAUAUUUUUACAGUGUCACGAGCAGAAUUAAGAGGAGCUUUUAUGCUUUGCUUUCUUGAUGAUGGAACGGGGAUGGACCCAAGUGAGGCAGCUAGUGUUAUCCAGUUUGGACGUUCUGCUAAAAGAACUCCUGAGUCUAUUCAAAUUGGACAGUAUGGAAAUGGAUUGAAAUCUGGCUCUAUGAGAAUUGGAAAAGAUUUUGUCCUUUUCACGAAGAAGGGAGAUACAAUGACUUGUCUCUUUAUGUCACGUACCUUUCAUGAAGAAGAAGGAAUUGAUGAGGUGAUUGUCCCACUUCCUACAUGGAAUUCAAAAACGGGGGAGCCAUUGACAGAUAACAUGGAAAAAUUUGCCAUUGAAACGGAAUUGAUCUACAAGUACUCUCCAUUUCAUUCUCACAAGGAGGUUAUGGAACAAUUCAAAAAAAUUACUGGAGAUUCUGGUACACUAGUUGUAAUUUUUAAUUUGAAGUUAAUGGACACUGGUGAACCAGAACUUGAUGUAGUGUCUGAUCCAAAAGAUAUUCAGAUGGCUGGUACCUCACCCGAAGGAACGAAGCCAGAAAGGCGUUCAUUUCGAGCUUAUGCUGCUGUUCUUUAUAUUGACCCAAGAAUGAGAAUUUUUAUUCAUGGUCACAAGGUUCAGACCAAACGAUUAUCUUGUUGUCUUUACAAGCCCAGAAUGUACAAAUAUACAUCAAAUCGGUUCAAAACACGAGCUGAACAGGAGGUGAAGAAGGCAGAGCACAUGGCAAAAAUUGCGGAGGAAAAAGCACGUGAAGCAGAGAGUAAAGCACGAGCUCUGGAAUCUCGUCUUGGAGAGGACCUGGCCCGAGAAUCUAGGGCUUCUCUCAGGCAGGUGCAAAAUGCUGCAAUUACUGCCCGUCGAGAGGCAGAUGUUAAGAAGCGUAUUAAAGAAGCAAAGCAAAGAGCCCUUAAAGAACCAAAAGAGUUAAACUUUAUCUUUGGAGUAAAUAUUGAGAAACGGGAACUUGAUGGCAUGUUUGUGUAUAACUGCAGUCGGCUAAUAAAGAUGUAUGAAAAAGUUGGACCUCAGCUUGAGGGAGGAAUGGCCUGUGGAGGAGUAGUAGGAGUGGUUGAUGUGCCAUAUCUUGUUCUGGAGCCUACACACAACAAACAAGACUUUGCUGAUGCCAAGGAAUACCGACACCUUAUGAAAGCUAUGGGGGAACACUUAGCACAGUAUUGGAAAGAUAUUGGCAUAGCUCAAAAGGGCAUUGUAAAAUUCUGGGAUGAGUUUGGUUACAUAUCCGCAAACUGGAAUCAGCCACCAUCUUCAGAACUGAGAUAUAAACGAAGGCGUGCAAUGGAGAUCCCAACCACUAUUCAGUGUGAUUUAUGUUUGAAAUGGCGGACUCUUCCUUUCCAGCUCAGUGCCGUGGAGAAGGAGUACCCAGAUACGUGGGUCUGCUCAUUGAAUCCUGACACAGAACAAGAUAGAUGUGAGGCUCUGGAGCUGAAACAGAAACUUCCUGUUGGAUGGCUUAAGAAAGAAAUUUCUACCCAGGAAGAGAAGAAAAAACAACUGAGUGAAAGGAUCCUCAAACAACAGGAGAAGUUAGAUGCCUUGCAGAAAAUAUCUACAGUUCGGUCAAGUGCAGACUUGAAAAAGCUCCCCUUGGAAGUUAGCACACGCUCCACAGAGAGUCCUGUUUCAGUAAGCAGACCGUUGAGGCCAAGAUCCCCACCUUUACCUGCAGUCUUGAAAGAAGCUGUGAAACCUCCUCCUACACGAAUGACCAAUGCUGUCAGAAGGGCCGAAACACAACGAAGUCAAGUGUUGAACUGUGAGCAGGCUAGCACAUCAAAAGCUCAGUCUUCAGGACCUGUUAAAGCUAGUCAAACUGCCAAGACUCUUAAUAAAAUAACUUCAGUUGUAAAAUCUUCACCAUCCUAUUCAAAACCUACUGUGGUACAAACUGCCAAAUCUCCCAAAUCUAUACCACCACCACCAGUCUUGAAGAACUUGAAGCUACAUGCAGCAAAGAAACCAGCACCAAGCAAAAGCUCUCCGGUAAGCAGUGGGCGAAAGAGAAGUUCACAGCAGAUAGUGAUUGAUGAUGAGGAAGAAGAAGAAGAGGAGGAGGAGGAGGAGGAGAAGGAGCCAGUCUCUUCUCGGAAACCUGAAAAGGCUAAAAGAUCAAAGCUAAUUGUAGUGAAACGGGAGAAAAAAGAUCUGAAUGAAGAAGUUGUUAAGGUUCUGCAUGCACUCUCUGACUCUUCUCAUGACUCAAAUGUGUCAUUGCAAUCAUUGCAGUUGGACAGCCCAGAUGUGGAUGAUAUUGUAUCCACUAAAGCAGCACAGAAAGAUAAAGGUUUACAUGUAGAAGUGCGCGUAAACAAGGAGUGGUUCACAGGACGUGUUACUGCUGUAGAAGCUGGAAAACAUGCUGUUCGCUGGAAAGUGAAGUUUGAUUAUGUGCCAACAGAUACGACGCCACGUGAUCGAUGGGUAGAGAAAGGUAGUGAUGAUGUGAGACUCAUGAGGCCACCGUCACCAGAACGAGAGACACCGGAUACCCAACAGGCAGAGCCUUCUACCUCUGAUAACACCCGAAUAGAGCCAGAUACAACAGAGCCAAGUGCUUGCCUUGCUCCUGUGGAACAACUUACUCAAGUGCUUCGGAACUGCUUACGUUAUUUUUUACCACCCAAUUUUCCUAUAACGAAGAGUGAACUAAGUACAAUGAGUGCUGAGGAUCUUAUAGCUUUUCCACUAAAAGAUUACUUUAAGCAGUAUGAAGUGGGCUUGCAGAACUUGUGCAACUCUUAUCAGAACCGUGCUGACCUCCGCGCAAAAACCUCUGAAGAGAUGCAACGCAGUGCAGAAAAGAAAUGCAAAGAAUCUGAAGAGAAGUUGCAAAAAUUAAGGACCAACAUUGUAUCUCUGUUACAGAAAGUUCAAGAGGACAUUGACAUAAAUACUGACGAUGAGUUGGACGCCUAUAUUGAGGAUCUCAUUGCCAGAGGAGACUGAACUGUUCUAAAGAACUUGUUUCAUGUUUUGAUGGACAGAAGGAGAAUUUCCUUUUAAAGCCCAUGUAAAUGUAUUCACUGAGGAGGAGCCGAUACAAAUUACGAGUUAAUUUUUUCUUGUAAUAUGUUUUCUUGGUUUUUACUUAACAGGCAUGUGCUUUUUGGAAAGUUUUAAACAUUGUAGUUCUUGAACUCAUGUCUUUGUUUAUAAAUAUUUAUUUUUUAUUGGAAAUCAAAACACCUGAGCUUUGGUGCUUUAUUAAAAAAAGAUUCAACUGU